AUGGAUUACUUUUUGUGUGCUAGAAAAUUCUUCCUAGUAGUUUUUGCUGUUAUUGCAGCAGUCGCUGCCGAUGUCAGUCACUUGCCAUCCAACGAAUACUUGCCACCCCAGCAAGAGGCUGCUGCCCCCGUUCAAGCUGCCCAGCCCAGCAACGAGUACUUGCCUCCUGUGCAACAACACCAACAACAAGAAGCCGCUCCCGCCCAUGAAUUGGCCGAUGAUGGCUACCGCUACAAGACCCACCGUCGUGUUGUCUAUCGCCGCAACCGUCGUGAUGUCAGCAACGAAUACUUGCCCCCCGUACAAGAGGCUCAAGCUGUUGAAGCCGCCCCUGCUCCCGUUGAACAAUACGCUGUAGCCGAAGAAGCUGCCCCCGCUCACGAAUUGGCCGAUGAUGGCUACCGCUACAAGACUCACCGUCGUGUUGUGUACCGUCGCAACCGUCGUGAUGUCAGCCACUUGUCCAACGAAUACUUGCCCCCAGUCCAACAACAACAGCAAGAAACUGUAGAAAUUGUCGAAGAACCCAUUGUUGCUCAACCCCAAGAAGCUGAGCCAGCCCACCAAUUGGCCGAUGAUGGUUACCGCUACAAGACCCACCGUCGUGUUGUCUACCGUCGCAACCGUCGUGAUGUCAGCCACUUGUCCAACGAAUACUUGCCCCCCGUACAAGAAGCCCAAGCUGCCCCAGCCCCAGUGUACCAACAAGCUCAAGCCGCCGCUCCCUCCAACGAGUACUUGCCCCCAGUGCAACAACAACAGGAAGCUGCUCCUGCCCAUGAAUUGGCCGAUGAUGGUUACCGUUACAAGACCCACCGUCGCGUUGUCUACCGUCGCAAUCGUCGUGAUGUCAGCCACUUGUCCAACGAAUACUUGCCCCCCGUACAAGAAGCCCAAGCUGUGGAAGCCGCCCCUGCUCCCGUUGAACAAUACGCCGUAGCCGAAGAAGCUGCCCCCGCCCACGAAUUGGCCGAUGAUGGUUACCGUUACAAGACCCACCGUCGCGUUGUCUACCGUCGCAAUCGUCGUGAUGUCAGCCACUUGUCCAACGAAUACUUGCCCCCCGUACAAGAAGCCCAAGCUGUGGAAGCCGCCCCUGCUCCCGUUGAACAAUACGCCGUAGCCGAAGAAGCUGCCCCCGCCCAUGAAUUGGCCGAUGAUGGUUACCGUUACAAGACCCACCGUCGCGUUGUCUACCGUCGCAACCGUCGUGAUGUCAGCCACUUGUCCAACGAAUACUUGCCCCCCGUACAAGAGGCUCAAGCUGUUGAAGCCGCCCCUGCUGCCGUUGAACAAUACGCCGUAGCCGAAGAGGCUGCCCCCGCCCAUGAAUUGGCCGAUGAUGGUUACCGUUACAAGACCCACCGUCGUGUUGUCUAUCGUCGCAACCGUCGUGAUGUCAGCAACGAAUACUUGCCCCCCGUACAAGAGGCUCAAGCUGUUGAAGCCGCCCCUGCUGCCGUUGAACAAUACGCUGUAGCCGAAGAGGCUGCCCCCGCCCAUGAAUUGGCCGAUGAUGGCUACCGUUACAAGACCCACCGUCGUGUUGUGUACCGCCGCAACCGUCGUGAUGUCAGCAAUGAAUACUUGCCCCCUGUACAAGAGGCCCAAGCCGCUGCCCCCACCAGCGAAUACUUGCCCCCUGUGCAACAACAGCAACAACAACAACCACAAUACCAAGAAGCCGCCCCCGCCCAUGAGUUGGCCGAUGAUGGCUACCGCUACAAGACCUUCCGUCGCGUUGUGUACCGCCGCCACUAA